UGUUUUAUCACACCACAUCGACAAAGAGAAAUGAGAGAAGUGUACAAGAUGCUGCGAAAAAAGAUUGACGGAUGGACGCCGACUUUUUGCGCGAUCGACCUGACCCCUCGCCCGUCAGGAGGGGGAGGUCAAGAGUUGGUCAGCGGUCCCAAGAUACAAAAACAGAGCCCAGAGACGGUUUAGCUGCCAUGGCUAUUCAAGGUGGUGAGAGCGGUGGGAAUGGUGACCCCGUCUGCCGUGUUCAAAGAGUAGUGAGUCAUUCCAUCAGCCUCUCCCCUGCCGAGAGAGAGGGACAGUACGCACAGAAUCCUGGAGAGCUUGCAGUCGGAAAUUUGGUGGAGCUCAAAACAGAAUUUGAUCGCGUCAAGAAAUCGUUUAUAACUCUCCCGGACCAGGUGGCAUAGCUCCCGAAAAUGAAUCCCUGCGGUAAGGACUUGAUUCUCUAAUU